AUUCAACCACCUGCCUAAUAUAAAUUAGAAUUUAUGAUCUGAAAUUCACAGCGAUUAAUAAAAUCUGUAUCUAGAUUUGUUUUCUUUCAUUUACCACAAAAAAUCUAUACGUUGUUCAACAUUAGGGCGUGCUAAUUUUGUGAAAAAUACUUUCUCGAAGAACAUGAAGUUUUGGGUACUUGUAUUUUUUCUCUCAUUGCUGUUGCAAGCAAAUUGCUCUUAUUGGCAUAAAGCGCGAAGAGGCUUAGAAGAUACAAUAAAUCAAUGCGCAAAGGAGGAGGAAAGUUGCUCGAAGCUCACGUUAGGGGAAGGGCCAAAACAUUGCUGUCAUCCAAAAGGUUGUUCAUGUGAUGUAUACGCAAAGGAAUGUGGGUGUUAUGAUGACAGUAUAGACAUCACCUUUGGAAAAGAUUGGGGAAAGCUUAGAGACAUCAUAAAUGAAGAAUAUGAAGUUAAAAAAAGUUCAUAACACUGUAAAUAUAAUACAUGGUAGUAAAAACAGAGACUAGUUCUCUUAUAAAGUAUAAACAGUGUAUAGUUCAUUAAAAUAUUUCACAAUA